AUGCAUUCACAUGGACACCCGCAAGGACCGGCAGCCAUUGCAACCCCAAAACUGAUCCGAAGCAUUACAAUGGAUCGAUGUUCAAACUUUACAAGCGGAGGCGCCAAUGGCAACGAUGUCAAUCUAUUGUCUCAACUCUACAAAGCACGUACAAAUUCUGAAGAGUACAUAUCUCUAUUGGUCCAUAGUGUACCUGAUCUUAAACGAAUUCCAUUCCAAGAAGCUAUUCAACAAGAAUUUAGACCGACUAGGCUUGGUGAAUGGUUUGGUCCUUCAUGGUCAACACAUUGGUUUCAUGUUCAGUUACGGAUCCCAAAUGAAUUUGCGGGCGAAGAAGUCCAUUUUAUCUGGAACGCAGACAAUGAGGCAAUUCUGUGGAGUAUGGAUGGUGCACCUCUUCAGGGUUUGACAGGUGGAGCUGGUAGUGAUGCUCGUCAUGAUUAUCUUUUGACAUCUAGAGCUCAGGGUGGAGAGGUUACUCAGUUUUAUAUAGAGAUGGCUUGCAACGGUAUGUUUGGUGCUGGUAAUGGGUUGAUCGGUCCACCAGAUCCGAACCGUUUCUUCAAUCUCAAUGAAUUGGAUCUGGCUGUACCAAACAAGUUGGCUUGGGAUCUACUCUAUGAUUAUCAAAUCAUAUUGGGUAUGGCCAAAGAUCUUCACGCUGAAUCAACACGUGCAGCCCAGGCUCUCUACACAGCCAACAAGAUCAUCAAUGCAUUUCGACCAGGAGACGAUAGUACCUUACCACUCUGUCUUGCAAUCGCAGCAGAUUUCUUGAAAGCUAAGAAUGGAGAUGCACAACAUGAGAUCCAUGCAUUGGGUCACUGUCACAUAGAUACUGCUUGGCUUUGGCCCUUUGAGGAAACGAUUCGAAAGGCUGCCCGUAGUUGGUCUUCACAAAUCGGAUUGAUGGAUCGUUACCCAGACUACAAAUUCAUUUGUUCACAAGCACAACAAUAUGAGUGGGUGAGAGAUAAUUAUCCUGCAUUGUGGGACAGGAUUCGAGAAAAGAAUGCUAUGGGUCAAUUUCUUCCGACAGGCGGUACUUGGAUCGAGAUGGAUACCAAUAUGCCCAAUGGUGAAUCUCUUUGUCGACAAUUCCUGCUGGGGCAGCGCUUCUUUGAAGAACAUUUUGGAAAACGGUGCAAGGUGUUUUGGUUACCAGAUUCUUUUGGCUACACUUCACAGCUACCACAAUUAAUGAGGUUGGCAGGUAUGAAGUACUUUUUUACACAAAAAUUGUCAUGGAACAAUGUGAACAAGUUUCCAUUGACCACGUUUUGGUGGAUCGGUCUGGAUGGGUCAAAAGCCCUCACUCACAUGGCUCCCUCAGAAACUUACAAUGCUCAGUGCACUCCAGAAGAGCUUAUUAGAACGGUCAAGAAUCAUCGAGAUAAGGAAUAUUCGAAUACUAGUCUGUUGGUCUAUGGUAAUGGUGAUGGAGGAGGAGGUCCUCUUUCGAGUAUGAUUGAACGGUUAAAACGUAUGCGAGAUGUGGAUGGAUUACCAAGAGUCGAGAUGAGUACACCUACAGAUUUCUAUGAAAAGAUCGAACGCGAAUCUCCUGAAUUGACCACAUGGAAGGGUGAACUGUAUUUUGAAUUGCAUCGUGGUAUCUAUACCACUCAUGCCCUGUGUAAAAAACUCAACCGUAGCUGUGAAUUCUUGUUACGUGAUGUCGAAAUGUUGGCUACCUUUGCUCACAUAAUGGAUCCAGCCCAAUUUACAUACCCAAAGGCAGAAUUUGAUGUAUUUUGGAAAAUGAUCUGCCUGAUUCAAUUUCACGAUGUCAUUUCAGGUUCCUCGAUUGAAAUGGUUUAUGAAGAUUGUCUUCAGAUGUAUGCCAAGGUGGAUUCAAUGGGAAAGCAAAUGCGAGAGGAUCUAUUAGAAAGAUUGAUGGGUCUGGACCCUGCUGCUACACCACCAACAUCCAAAAAAGCACUUUCGAUCUUUAAUACACUAGCUUGGUCUCGUACAGAAGUGAUCGAGGUUCCUUUGGAUGAAGACUUGCCGACAAUGAAACAAUAUUCUGCAUUUGGACGUACAGGAUAUACACUUGUUAGCAAUGUUCCUCCUUUGAGUGUUCAGGGAUGUUCUCUCGAGGAAGAUCUCAAGUACGAACCUGUAAAGGUCGUUACUGACCAGAAGAAUAAUAUCGUAAUGGAGAACCAAUACAUUCAAGUCACCUUUGACAAAUCAGGCCACUUGAUCGGACUGCAUGACAAGGAAGAAAGGCGAGAAUUGAUCAAACCAGACGAAAGAGGAAAUGUAUUCAGAAUGUAUGAAGAUAUUCCUUUGUUCUGGGAUGCAUGGGAUGUUGAAAUAUACCAUCUUGAAAAAGGACGUGUGGUUGAAGAAGGCUCUGUUCAGAUUCUUGAGCAAGGACCUCUUCGUGCGGCCUUGUUGGUCGAGAAACGAAUCUCGGCCACCAGUCGCCUACGCCAGAUUGUUAUCAUGACAGCCGUCUCACGCCGCAUUGAUUUCGAGACAGAAGUCGAUUGGAACGAAAACCGACAAUUCUUGAAAGUAGAGUUUGCUUGGGACAUCAUGGCAGAUACGGUGAAUUAUGAAACCCAGUAUGGUGUUGUUAAACGUCCUACACACUACAACACUUCUUGGGAUAGUGCCAAGUUCGAGGUUGUGGCCCACAAGUUUGCAGAUCUCUCAGAAUAUGGUUAUGGUGUUGCUCUGCUAAAUGACUGUAAAUAUGGAUAUGCUGCACACGACAAUAUAGUUCGCCUAUCUCUUAUACGAUCACCAAAGGCGCCUGAUUCAAACUGUGAUAUUGGACACCACGUAUUUAAAUAUGCCAUAUAUCCCCACAGAGGACACUUUUUACAAUCUGAUGUGGUCCGUGAAGGAUUCAAUUUUAAUGUCCCAUUGCUGACCAGAGUGGUCCCUAGAGCAAAACUAGACUCUUUAUCGACCGGAAUUCCUCGAUUCCAUAUUGAAGAUGCUCCUAAUGUAGUACUGGACACCAUCAAAAAGGCAGAAGAUUCAAACCAAAUUAUUAUCAGAUUGUAUGAAGCAUAUGGAGGACAUGCCAAAGCAAGACUUGUGAGCUCUCUACAUAUCAAGGCUGUUCACCGGUGUAAUAUUCUUGAAGAUGAUAUCGAACUUGUGAGUUCUUCGAGUAAAUCCACACAAUUGGACCGGACGUUUAGUACCAAUCUCCGAGUCCUGGACGAUGAUGUGGUCGAACUUCAACAACAGGCACAGCAACGCCAACAAGCUCAGGGGGUUCAAUUGUCACUAACACCCUUCCAGAUUCUUACUCUUAAAGUGGCCUUUUAAUUAACAACAACAGCAACAACAACAUAAUAGUAAUAGUAAUAAUAAUAAUAAAAAAAAAAAGCACAUAUUGUACACUUUCAAUAUAACAUAUAAAUGACAUAUAUAUAUAUAUUAAUAUAUAAAAUACUCGAGAGAUAUCUGGGUUAUUUCCGCCAAUUAAAUUAAAUUAAAUUAGAUAAAAUAAAAUAUAUAUAUAUAUAUAUAAUUAUAAAUAAAGGACGUCACCUCUGACGUGUUUGCACUGCC